AUGGUGUUAACGGAUCUUCAUCCGGGAUUUGGCAAAAAGGUUGUGUACAUUUUGGACUGCAAGGUCUGUGGUGAGACGGUGUGCAGACGUGGUAUGCUGGCGGUUUUAGUUGCAGAUGGGAAAACAGAAUUAUUUUCUACAGAUAAAUAUGACAGAAGUUCUGUGGGUGUUGUGCCAGAAAUGUUUACUGCCAAGAAUUGUAGUGGUGGAGUUGUAGGCUACCAUGUUGUUCUGCCCUGUAUGAAGUGUCUCUCUUCAGUCAACAAUGGCCAUCAUUGUAUGUUCCACAGCAGUUUAGUUUCUUACUGCUACAGACUGGAUGAAGCAGCGGGAGAUUUUUUACUCUGGAAACAGCUGAAAUCACCCAAAGAUGACGAAUUCAUGGCUAUAGAAUGCAUUCGAUAA